AUGUUAUAUACACUUAACACAACUUUAUAAAUAAUUUUUGUUAAAAAAUAUUGUAUUAUUUCAGUGCGUUUCUAGAAAAACUUUUUGAUAAAUUAAUUUGCUUUAGCAAACAAAGAGAAAAAAAAGUUAUUUAUAUAAAUAUAUUUAGUUUAGAAGUAAAUUGAUAUUUAAAAAAAACUAGUUCACCACAUAAUUAUAAUAAUAAUAAUAACAAUAAUAAUAAUGAAGUUUUUAUGUGUUUUACUACUAUGUAUUGCUGUAGUCUAUGCCCAAAAUUAUGCGGAAACACCUAAUAGGAGACGACAGUCAUCAUCAAUAGCACAGAGUUCGGUUACAUAUCGAAGACAAAGAAAUCUUGUGUACGACUUGAAGACACGUUCACAGACAGCCGAAAACAAAACUCUGGAUCAGAUCGCAGAGUUGCGAAAGAGUGCAACCGUUAAGAUCAAUGAAAUUAGAAAAUUGGAAAAACAAUUCAAAAUAUUGAAAAAUGAUUUGAUUGAAGUAAACCAAACAUUUGUGAUCGCCAAACAAGAACUGAUCCAAGAGUUACAACAAAAUAAAGAUAUUGUCGACAAUCGUAUCGCCAGUCGGGACACACCGGCAAAUCAAAAGAUAGGUCUGCGCGAAGAGUCGGACCGAUUGGAGAAAAGGAUACAAGAGAUGAGAGAUUUGAUAUUUUUGCCGUUUGAUAUCAGAAGUCUGGGUGAUGGCUAUGGAAGACAUUUAAAGUAAAUAUCAUCCAUAUUAUUGAUAUCACUAUAGUUGUGAUGGCCUUCAAUUGAUAAUUGAUUUGAAAUUGAUUGCAUUUAUUUUGUUUCACAAAUUGUUAAACAUUUAUUAUGAAUUACUUUUAAACGCGUAAUUAUUACAGAAAUCAUUAAAUAUUUAUAAUAAUU